AUGCAGUUGACUCUUCUCACCACCCUGCUCGCUGCCACCUCCGCCCUGGCUGCUCCCCAGAUCGACAACAUCAUCUCCGAUGUUGCUGGAGCCGCCCAGACCGCUGUGAACGGCGGCCAGAGCAUCGCCUCUGACAUCGCCAGUGCCGCAACCUCCUUCGCUUCCGCCGUUGAGACCGGUGUUCCCGGCGCCGCCUCUUCCAUCACCUCGGCCGCGGGCGCCGCUGCCUCCAGCGCGGAAAGCUGGGGUUCCUCCAUCGCCUCCAAUGCCGAGAGCAGGGGUUCCUCUAUCGCGUCCGAGGCCAGCUCCAGGCUGAGCGAACUGACCACCCUGACCGGCACCAACGGACAGCCCACUUCCACCGCGACCGUCUCUACCACCUCCGCCAGCGGAAGCGAGACCACCACCUCUACAGGCUCCUCCACCACCGGUACUUCUUCCUCUUCCUCUUCCUCUUCCUCCUCGGCCGGCAGUGCCUCCUCCACCAGCAGCGAUGGCGCCGGUGCCAUGCCCACUCCCUUCAACUUCGGUGCCGGUAUUGCCGGUGUCGCCGGUGUCUUGGGUGUCAUGGCUGCUCUGUAA